GAACACUGAGGCGCCGUUUCUUCUUGUCUUGUCUUAUCUUCACGUCCAUACUGCUCUAUAUGCUUCAAAAAAUUUCAGAGGAAAGAGCAAACAUGGUUUAUAUGGGGAUGCAGUGGAAGAAAUGGAUUGGAGUGUAGGGCAGGUUCUGGAUGUGCUGGACAAAUAUAACCUGAGUGAUAAAACUCUUGUAUACUUUACGUCUGACCAAGGGGCUCAUGUUGAAGAAAUCUCCAGUUCUGGAGAAGUCCAUGGAGGAUACAAUGGCAUAUAUAAAGGUGGAAAAUCAACGAACUGGGAAGGAGGUAUUCGUAUACCAGGGCUUCUCCGUUGGCCUGGAGCAAUACAACCUGGUGCCUAUCUUGAUGAACCAACAAGUAACAUGGAUAUAUUUCCUACUGUAGUCAAACUUGCUGGGGCACAGUUACCCUCUGACAGAAUUAUUGAUGGACAUGAUCUGAUGCCCUUACUUCAAGGAAAAGUUACCCGAUCCAACCAUGAAUUUCUCUUCCAUUACUGCAAUGCAUAUUUAAAUGCAGUGCGCUGGCAUCCAGGAAACA